AGCGGGUUGUGGGGCUAUGGCUGCCCUCCUCCGAGCUGUGCCCCGGUGGCGGGGGCCGGCUGCCUGGGGGAGGCCGCGCCAUGGGCUGUGGUGCUGCAGUGAGCAGGAUCCCAGCAGGUGGGUGGCAAGCAGGCCACCCACCAUGAAGGAGACGCCAUCAGGCACAGAGACAGAGAAAUUCCAGAUGGUCUACCGGUUUGACGCCAUCAGAGCCUUUGGGUUCCUGUCUCGGCUGAAGGUGGCGCAGACGGCCCUGACAGUGGUGGCCCUGCCGCCAGGCUUCUACUGGUACUCCCAGGGCCUCAUGACUCUCAACUCCCUGUGCCUCAUGGGCGGGGUAGCUGGCUUCGCCUUUGCCAUGCUGUGCUGGAUGAGCCAUUUCUUCCGGAGGCUGGUGGGCAUCCUGUACGUUAAUGAGUUGGGCACCAUGCUGCAGGUGGCCCACCUGACCUUCUGGGGCUGGCGACAGGACACCUACUGCCCCGUGGCUGAUGUGAUCCCUCUCACGGAAACCAGGGACCGGCCCCAGGAGGUGUUCAUCCGUAUCCAGCAGUACAGUGGGAAGCAGACUUUCUACCUUACUCUGCGCUAUGGACGCAUUCUGGACAGAGAACGAUUCACCCGGGUGUUUGGGAUGCUGGACGUGCCCAAGUAAACUACUAGGAGCUGGGUUUCCAGGUAGCCCUGGGCUGCCUGGAUCUCUUAACAGGAAGGCUGAGGGUCAGGCGAGGCUGAAGAAGAGGAGUAGGCAGCUGGAGACUUUGCCAGGGCUCCUAGGAACAUUAUGGCGACCCCAUGUGUGCAGAAUAGAACUGUGCUCCAUAGGGUGUUCAAGGCUGUGACCUUUCAGAAGCAGAUCACCGGCCUUAGAGUUGCCAUGACUCGAAAUCGACUCGAUGGGACAUAAUAACAGCAACGCAGGAACUUGUGUUAUGGGAUGAAGAAAUUCAUGAGGCAAAAGCUAGUAACCAGGUUUAGUAAAAAGGCCCUGUGUGCAAAUUCUCACUGCACUUGUGUAUGACAUUCAGUCGGAUAAUGGCCAGAAGCUUCUGGUAAGAGCUGGUUCUUGGAGGAAGCUGUUUCACGUUCCCCCAAGCAGUGCACUGCUGUGGAAUCAGAAGGCAGAACGGUGUGGCCAGGGAGCAAGGAUUUGGAAUCAAAGACUUGGGUCCUCUGAACCUUGGUUUUCACAUCUGUAAAAUGAGGAGUCCUGCCUGUCUCGUGAGCUGGGCGGGAGAAUAAACAGUGUCAAAGUGCUUUGUAGACUCAACAGCCCUGAGCAAACGUUGAGCAUUACAUGAGAGGUUAGGGCCCUGUGAAAGGCCGCCGGGUGAUCGGGGGAUUUCCCAAGCCCCGUGCUCUUCCCCCUCGUGUGCCCAGCGUUCCCAGCAGCAGAAGGAACUGGUAGGAAGCCUAGGAUGGGCCACAUCUUCCCGGCAGGCUGGUAACUGCACACUGACUGGCAGGGGUGACAUCCAAGCAAGCACAGCAGCCCCGUGGGAUUUUGUUCACCACCCAGAGGUCUGAGGCUCCCACAUUCCGAAGGUUUUGCCGUGUAAUAA